AUGGCGUCAUUCUUCUUUGCGUCAUGGCCGUCUCCAGACCAAGGAGCAACCUGGAAUGUUGAGAUCUUUGUUGGCGUUGUGGCCUUGUGUUUUACUCUCCUGGGUUUACUGUCGAGACUCUAUGACUCCAUACCUCCCUCCAUUCGGGGACCGAUUUCCAGAUAUAUAUGGCCUCCACGAUCACGAGCCGUGUCAACAGAAUUUCUUGUCCCUUACUAUCCCAACUCGAGAUUCGUUGGAAGAGUAGAAAUACUCGAUCAAGUCAAGCGAGAGCUCACUACCACCUCGAAACGGGGCAUAUUGAAGAGAUUGAGGACAGGACAGCCACGGAUCUGCUUGUACGGACCCAAUGGCGUUGGCAAAACCCAAAUCGCUCUGCAUCAUGCCUACUCUCUCAAAGAAGCACAACCGGAUACAUCAAUAUUCUGGGUUCAAGCCAACAACAUAGAACAGCUCUACGAGUCAUACGCCUCCAUCGCCGAGAAAUGCAACAUUCCUGGAUCCUCAAAUAUAGGAUUCAACCCUCUAGACCUCGUUCCUUGGUGGUUAGAGAAAAAGGCCAAAUCACCAUGGUUGAUGGUGGUCGACGGCGCCGAUGACAUGGAGUCGUUCUUCCAGACAGAUCAAGGGAAGAACAUGGCUGGCCUCGCCGACAACGUGAAACAGCAUGACAUAUCAGCGCACAUGCCCAAGUACAGUCACGGGGCUAUCCUAUUUACCACGACGAAUCCUGAGUCCAGCCUUUUUGCAGGAGCGUCAAUGAUAGAGGUUGAAAAACUGAACCCGGAUGAGGCGAGCCAGCUGAUACGACACGAUCUAGGCGACUUAGAUCCCCAAGAGGAUGUGGACCUCCUCUCGUCGUCGCUCGGCAAUCUCCCACUUGCCAUUACCUUGGCGACCUCAUAUAUUAGAAUGAAUUCUAUCUCCAUCAAGGAAUACAUCGACCUUCUAAGGGGAGUCAGGCCUGACGUGGCCGAUCUACGCGAUCUGCGCGAUCUACGCGAUGCGACAGAUCCCAGGGGACCAAAGAUCCCACCAGAAGUCACUGCCCCGUGCCUCGUCCUGUUGCAGCAGCUAGAGCGUGAAGACGACUCUACAAGAAAAACUCUUGAGCAUUUCAGUUUUUUUUAUCACCAGGGAAUCCUACAAGUCUUUUUCGAUCAAUAUGCAAGAAUAGGGUUACCAGACUUGAUGUCAAUCAAGACUUCACUGAGCAAACUCAAGAUGAGCUCUGUCCUGUUGGAGAGAAACGACGACAUUUUGGAGAUGCACAGACUGGUUCAGUUGGUCACCCAGAAGCUUCUCUUGCGUACGAUGGGGCUUCUCGGAGCCGCCCACAAAGCUAUGCUUGCUUUCUGGUGGUCUUACCCGUACGGCCAGUCCAUCGCGCAUUCCACCCUUGCCACCUAUCUCUUGAAUGCGUUUUCCAUAUUCCGAUGCUACGCGAUGUCAUCUCGGAUAAUUGGCACACCGGGUCUGGCUUUGAUGCAAACUCUCAGCUUAUAUUUUGAAUCCAGAGGAAGAUGGGAGGACAUGGCGAUGCGGUAUGCUCAAAAUGUCGUCCAAAGCGUGGAGAAACUAGGCGAAAAGCACCCGGAAACACUAGACAUCAUGAGCAGGCUGUCAUUCGUCUACAUGCAUCAACGUCGAUGGGAAGACGCCCAAAUGUUGCAAUCAUAUCUGCUGAAAGUUGUCCGGCGAAACAACGUCCGGCGCGACGACGUCCUGUACCAUCAGUCCCUUUUGAUAUGGAUGAUCGAAGAGACUCGCGGACUCAUAGCCUCAAAAAGAAGUCUGGAGGAGGAUACAACUCCUCGGCUAGGGAAAGAUCCAGUAACAGGCAAGGAACAGAUGCCUUCUCCGAUAAGGCCAGCUCAACUGCCUUGGACUGGGUUUCCGUGGGCAGCGUUGAAGCAGCACAUUCUAGCCAGCAGGAAGAAAAACAAGCCACCCUCAAAUCUACCGCGACUGGUCGACAACGUCUUGAACAAGAUACCAGUUCAUAGACCCCCGGUCCUCGAAGGACAAGCUCGGAUUCGCUGGACCUGUUCCUGCGGACAACAGCUCUUUGAUGACUUCUCAAGCUCAACCCCCGAAUCCCUUCAAGUGUUGCAGCAAAAUCUGCAGAACCACAGCAUGUCAUCCGACGAGGGUCAGCGCAGCGGUGGCUUUUCCAACCAAGAUUCAACGGGUCGUCCUGACCUGACAUGGCCAUCGCUAGUCUUUAUUCCUGGGAACGGCUUCAACAAGUUCCUGCGGCGGGAAAACGAAGAACGAAUCACUCUUCUUCCCAUUUAUACCCGUCUACGGAUUCCUGAACCCAUGGUCAGCACGACUCCGUAUCUCUUGAUGUGUAUUGAUCGAGGCCGUAAUUUUACGGGGCUUUAUCAACAUGUGCUGCAAAACGUCGAGGAUGACACACAACUCUUUCAGUUUCUACGAGACCAAGUUUCUCAACAUCGAGGCAUCGGUUCAUGGUUCACAUUCAGGAGUGUCGCCGCAAUCUCUCUAACCAGAUUUGAAGCAGAUAACAGCAAAUUUGCUGAAGUCCACCGCCACAAGGAAGUAUGCGACAAAGACUGUGUGUGCAUUCCCCCGCCCGAAAGGGUCGAGAGCGACGAAUAUGAUUGUUCGCCAUCACCAACCGUCAAACCAACCCAAGUUCCCGUCAUCGGCACAAAUCGUCUAACCCACUACUUUCUAAAACCUCAUGCAUUCCACGGACCUCAACGGUCGAUACUCAACCAGUUGCCGAAAAGGGCACAGGGACCACUGAGCACUUCACAAGACAGUAUGGAACUUGGCUGGGGCAUUCACAUCCAGGAGGGCUGGCACUGGAGGUCCAUCUACUUUGUUGCGGUCGUGGUUUUUGUCAUUGGGGGACUUGUUUUCGGAAUCGCUUGGUCCGUCGCCAAGAAAGAUAUCCAGAGUGCGUUUUCUAUUGCAGCUACCUGGGUGGCUAUAGCUCCUUUGUUGUUUGGAUGGAUCGCAGUUAGAGAUUUGCAAUAG